AUGGAUACCCUUCAUAUACAUAUACAUGUAAAUACAUACAUUCCUUUUCCUUUUUUCCCCCCACCCCACCUCUUUUUCCCCUUCUCUCACUGUUGUGAGCUUUUAUUAUUAUUACUAUUAUUAUUAUUAUUACUGUUAUUAUUAUUUUCCUUCAUCGGCUUUACACAAUCAAAAACUUAUAAUCGACUUCAAGGCCUUUUUAAAUUCCCCAUCAUCACUUGUUGCAUUGUACUUUUAAUCGUAUCUUCCAUCUCUACAACUCUGCUUGUAUCCGAACGUUUGUAUACAUCUCUCCCUCUAUAUAUUUAUUUAUUUAUUUGGAUUGUGAUUAAAAUAAAGACAAGGUAA